AUGGCCGAUCUGCCGGAGGAUUCGGAGAAGAAGCAGCUCGAACGCUUGGCCGAGCGAUUGGAGCGCCUUGCUGCCGAGGAGCAUUCCUUCCGCAUGCGGCGGGCAGCAGCACGUGGACUGUCACCCGAAAAGGCGCUCCGGAGCGCCUCGGCGAGCCCUGCGAAGCUCGCCACGCGCAUGGAUAAGCUCGAGAAAGAUGCCCAGCGUGCACGUCGGCGCAAUGACGACGUGGGGGACUUCUGCUGCGAGUGGAUGGUCUGGGUGAAAAGCUGCGGUUGGCGGCAAGGAUCCGAGCGCGUGGCAGCCAGCCGUCGCCAGUUCUUCGAGGCGGUCGAGGACUUGUUGCCGAGCUGGGGAGAGGUGGCCGAGAGGAAAGCGGUGCAGGAGGUUUCCAAAGCCAAGGAGCAGCUCCAGGCAGAGAGGAGGAAUCAGUAA